UUACCAACGGAUCUUCAUUUCUGGUUUCACCCACUCUGCUUCCCUUUUCCCUGCCGCCGCACUGUUUUUUUUUCCAAAAAAAAUUCACCUGAAUUGGCUGUUAAUUUGAUCUCACCAUUCCUAAUUUAGAAAUGGAAGAAUUGUUUAGAAGUACUGACCGCCAAUUAACUGGCGCCGCCUUCCCUGAAGACUUAACUCCCUUCCCUAUCCCUGAACCUCAACCUCAUCUUUCCUCCGCCGUUGGUGUUGGUUUCUACUACCCUCAACAAGCGGCUCUUCAUUCUCCGCCAGUUCCCCAGAAGCUCCGUCCUAUCAGAUCCAACGGUCGUAAUCCCAUGGAAUAUUCGAAUCCCGAGGACGCAUUGGUUAGAAUGAAUGGUUGUAAUUCGUCGGAGCUAGGGUUUCUUCCAUUUCAGCCGGAUUUCUCUUCGAAGUCGGAGGAGGACACGUCAGCAGAAGCACUGAUGAAAAUGAAAUCGGAGAUGGACAGCCAGUUGUUAUGCAACUUCAAAUCACAAAUAUCAAGCCUCAACUUCUCUUUCAGUUCCUCUUCAGAUUGUAGUGGUGAUUCUGCACAUAAGGCAGACGAGCUUAACUCGAAUGAGAAACCGAGAAAGAAGAGGAGGAAAAAGAUGGAGUCCUUUUUACAAGGUUUGAUGUCUCAAGUCAUCCACAAGCAAGAGGAGAUGCACCAGCAAUUAAUGGACAUGAUUGAAAACAAGGAAAAGGAGCGGAUUAUUAGAGAGGAAGCUUGGCGUCACCAAGAGAUACAACGUGCCAACAGAGAUCACCAGCUUAGGGCCCAGGAGGCUGCUCGUAGUGUGGCCCUUAUUUCUUUCAUUCGGAAUGCUCUUGGCGUCUCGGAACUACAAAUUCCCGAGCUCUUACCCUUGCCCCAAGUCUUCUCUGGGGAAGAUGUUGCGGAUCCUCACAGCUUGGGUCAAGGUGAACUCGAUAAUUUUGAUCCUAAUAACAAGAGGUGGCCGACUUCUGAAGUCCAAGCGCUCAUCACUCUACGAGCUGCUCUGGAUCAUAAGUUUCAUACUUUAGGCCCCAAAGCUCCUGUGUGGGAAGAAGUUUCAGCUGGGAUGGCUAAAAUGGGAUACAUUCGAAGUGCUAGGAAAUGCAAAGAGAAGUGGGAGAAUGUUAACAAGUAUUAUAAGAAGGCAACAGGCAAUGGAAAGAAACAUUCUGAGAAUGCCAAGUUGUGCCCGUACUUCCAUGAGCUGGAAACCCUCUACAAAAAUCGGCUUAUUACUGCAGCAAAAGCAAACUCUCCCAGUAAUGAAGACUCCGAACAGAAUGGAAAAGUAUAGGAGUUCAAACUAGCAUUGGCUUGAAUAUUAUCACAGCUUAUCUAAUUAUCUGAGCUACUGAAAGAAAGCAGUACUUGCUAGGGAUGGGAACACAACUUUCUCUUUGUUCUCUAGUUUGAGACUACCAGAUAUUCGUGAUCCAAGUUCCCAUCUGUUGAUUCUUUCAUCAACUAUUAGCUGCAAUUUUCUUUUAUCGUUAACAGAAGGAAAUGAGGAUACUUCUUUUGAGGCCAUCAUUUUGGCUUUAUGCGCGUUGAAGAUCAAUACUGAGCUUAAAACAGUAUGCAUGUUAGGUCAUUGUUGGUAUGUCUUUGAUCUUUUAUUUGGAUCUAGCCAGCAAGUCACAUGCCUGGGAAGACGUCGGAUAGAAAAAUGCAACUCUUUCCGGCAUGUUGCUGGCUAGUCCUUUAGACCACUUUUCUGCAUUCAUUUGGUUCACUUGUCUACAAAUAGAUUGAGGCAUUGAGCAGCUAAGUAUUGUGGAUUUGUGGUACGCAUUAGAGGCAUGAUAUUCUAACCGAAAUUCAGCUUAUGUUGUAACUUGUAAAGCUACUUAAAGUAGAAACUAAAUAAAGCUUAGUUGAAGAUAAUUUUCUUUGAAA